UUCAUAUUGAAAGGUGAUCGGAAGUGAUAAAAAUAUUCAAUAAUUUUUCUUCGGUAGUACGGAUCAAUUCAAGCUCGCUAAUAUGUUUAAGGAAAUUGUUUUACUGUUCAGUAUUCUAGUCUCCGUUUGCCUUCCUAUGCCGAUGCCUCGUGGGGGCGGUGGCGGUGGUGGAGGUGGAGGUGGUCACGGCGGUGGAGGAUUUGGUGGAGGCCACGGAGGUGGAUUUGGAGGAGGCGGACAUGGAGGAGGCGGACAUGGAGGAUAUGCGGGUCAUGGUGGAUUUGUUGGAGGUCAUGGCGGGUACGGGGGCCAUGGUUUAUAUGGAGGCUAUGGUGGAUUUGGAGGUCAUCUUCCAUAUACAGGAUAUGGUGGAUAUGUAGGAUACGGUGGUUAUCCAGGAUACUGGGAUUACGACGAUAGUUAUCCAUAUAUUGGUUAUGGACUUGGUGGAUUUGGUAUUCCGUUCUUAGGACGUUGACAGAUUGUUAUUUUUAUGUUGCUUUACAAAUAAAGGGUGAUUUUUUAAGAGCUUGAGAACUUUUUUAAACAAUAAAACGCAUAAAAUUUGCAAAAUCUCAUCGGUUCUUUAUUUUAAACGUUAGAUUGGUACAUGACAUUUACUUUUUGAAGAUAAUUUCAUUUAAAUGUUGACCGCGGCUGCGUCUUAGGUGGUCCAUUCGGAAAAUCCGCUUUUUUAUCGACAAAUUUUGUUCAGCGAUGAGGCUCAUUUCUGGUUGAAUGGCUACGUAAAUAAGCAAAAUUGCCGCAUUUGGAGUGAAGAGCAACCAGAAGCCGUUCAAGAACUGCCCAUGCAUCCCGAAAAAUGCACUGUUUGGUGUGGUUUGUACGCUGGUGGAAUCAUUGGACCGUAUUUUUUCAAAGAUGCUGUUGGACGCAACGUUACAGUGAAUGGCGAUCGCUAUCGUUCGAUGCUAACAAACUUUUUGUUGCCAAAAAUGGAAGAACUGAACUUGGUUGACAUGUGGUUUCAACAAGAUGGCGCUACAUGCCACACAGCUCGCGAUUCUAUGGCCAUUUUGAGGGAAAACUUCGGAGAACAAUUCAUCUCAAGAAAUGGACCGGUAAGUUGGCCACCAAGAUCAUGCGAUUUGACGCCUUUAGACUAUUUUUUGUGGGGCUACGUCAAGUCUAAAGUCUACAGAAAUAAGCCAGUAACUAUUCCAGCUUUGGAAGACAACAUUUCCGAAGAAAUUCGGGCUAUUCCGGCCGAAAUGCUCGAAAAAGUUGCCCAAAAUUGGACUUUCCGAAUGGACCACCUAAGACGCAGCCGCGGUCAACAUUUAAAUGAAAUUAUCUUCAAAAAGUAAAUGUCAUGUACCAAUCUAACGUUUAAAAUAAAGAACCGAUGA